AUGGAGGAUUGGAUGCCCGUCCUUUCCUUCGAGGAGGCGCUGGAAGCCGGCUCCGAGGAGGCUUCGCGGCCCUCUGUGGCCUCCCGACGUCGGCAGAAGCGGGAAGAGCGGAACAAGAUCCGCCUUGCGCAUGACAAGGCCCGAACCCGAGAGCUGCGGGCCACCCACCAGGUACUGCAGGCUCUUCAUGAGGCUCUGCCUGCCUUCGGGCACAAAUCGGGGUCGGACGAGACGGCGGAAACGGGAAGUCGAAAAAGUCACCCGACAGAAGAGGAGGUAGAUGCGCAGCUUCUGCGGGCAGCUGAGAUCUUACAGGUAGAGUCGCCCUAUCGCGGCAUGCCUCAAGUUUUCGCACCGCCAGAGGGGCUUGACAUUCUGCUGACCAUGAUUGAUCGGCCGCCCAAGUAUCAGGAGAAGUAUUUGUCCCAGGAGUGGUCCCUCAUUUCCAAGGUUUGGGCCUUGGCAGGUGAGCCCAACCUUGACAAUCGGAGGGGACUGGCAGUGGUGGAUAUUGGUGCUGGAAAUGGGAGCCUUGCCUUACUGGCGGCUUUACUCCUGGACGGCCACGCCGUGUUGAUAGACCACACCUUGCCGCCAGAGCCGCUGCGCGUCGAGGAGAGGCUCCCCGAGAUCUACAAGCGCCGCGUGCUGCGCAUCACCGGGGACGUGGGGGAGCUGGAUGCAAGCCGACAGAUCGAGCCCUUGCUGGAGGAGCAUGGCAUCCAAGAGGUGGUGGUCAUCGCGAAGCACCUUUGCGGAGUGGGCACAGACCUCGCCUUGAAACUGUUGAGGCGGUGGUGCAAUACGGAAGCUUCCAAGUCAGUGGCUGUGCUGGGAGCGGCGAUUGCAACUUGUUGCGGGCACAAGAUCGGAGCGGAGGACAAGCAUAUCUUUGCCGAGAUCCACUCAGAGGAUCCCUACCUGAGGCACCUGACAGGUGAUGCAGAUCGACUGCUGUCCUUUCUUUCCAUUUGUACUCGGUGCGUGGCUUGGCGAACCACAGCCAAUGCGUUGGCGAACCGGAUCACUGAUAGGCAAGUUCUUUUGGCCGAGCUCUUUGAGGAUGCCCUGCAGCAACCGCGCUCGAACCUGCUCAAGAGCAUCUUCCCAGCUGCCACCGAAGUCGCUUUUGUCCCAUCGCAGCAAUCCCCGCAGAACCGCUGCCUGCUGGCUGGCUCCCAGCUAGGCGUGAAGCGAGCGCUGGCGGGGGAGUCGUCAGAGGCCCUCAUGGCCGCGCUGAUUGCUACAAGGGACGCGCUUCUUCAGGUGAAUGGCGGAGCUUUCGAUUUGCGGCCACAUGGCAUGGCCUCGACCAGGAUAUGUGAGAAGCCGUUGCAAGACGUGAAUGGACCUGGAUCUUUGAGCAUCUCUGAGCGCAGAUCAAACAUGGAGGAGCCCCGCUCCUGGGGAUUCACCAUGGAGCCCAUGACUCGCGGCCGCCGCGGCGGGACCGCACCGCGCCAGCACAAGGGCCGCGCCCCCAAGGGCCGGCGGAGCGUGUCGCGAAGCGAGUCGCGCCCCGGGUGGGAUGAGGACACGCGGGCGCCGAGUUUGUUUGACACGCAGCUCAGAACCAUCUUCCAAAGCUACAGGAGGGAAAGGGACAGAGCCGACAGAGCGGCCGCGGGGAACCCCCGGCGGGCUCGGGAGCGCGAGCGAGCAGCUUCCCAAGUGCAGCAUACGCAGCAUGCGCAUCACAGACCUGGGCAGCUGCGGCGCAGGCUACAGGGCACCAUGAGGAGAGCAUCAAGCCCCGGAGCUGCGAACAGUUUCCGUGCCUCGCAAGAAUCUCUCAGAGAGUCCUUCAGAGAGUCUGUCAGAGAAUCCGUGGGAGAAUCUGUUAGAGGCUCUGUCAGGGAAUCUGUCAGAGAUUCUGCGGACUUUGUGGAACUUGCACGACCCAUUUGGGAUGCUCCGCCUCCGCCCUUGUUGGCCCAACGACCGCCGAUCUGGGAGCCCGUUGCUGCGAUCACUCCUUUGCCAACGCAGCCAGUACCCCCUGCACCAGAGCUGCUGGGGGUUGCGCAUGUGCAGCGGACGCGAAGUGCCUCCAGCCUGGAGCAGAGGCUAGCAAUUCUGCUACCGGACGCAAAGCCGAUCCGGCAGGAUGUGCUGGUGUGUCAGUCCAAACCAGCAGCUGCAGUCCACAUGGAGACAGAGCCGCCACAGGUACGAAGUUUGUCACAACGAUUGAGCGCCCUGCUGGGUGAAAGUCAAGGUCGCAAACAACAUGAUGCGCGAUGUGGCAAAGAACUUCUUUGGCAAAACAGCUCAAAAGUAAUCGAGAAGGCAGACCUCCUUACAGAUCAAGUGUUGGAGCACAUCCUUGGAGACGCAGUGCGACAUUUGGACACGCUGCCGGACAAGCGCCGGGAGACUGACCGUUCGGUUCCAGGUGUGGCAGGUGAGGUGGAGGUUGCGCCAGAUCCUCCAGAUGCUCUCUCGAGCAUGGUACAGACUGCUGCAGACAAACUGCAGCUGCUGGAACAUGAACUUCGAAUGGCUUACGGUGACCGGCCGGAAGCCGGAUGCGACAAACGUGGAGUCAAGACUGCCUGGUCGCUGUCAUGUGGUUCACGCACCUGUCCGGACUCGGGGCGCGCCGGGAGCGAAGACUCUGAGGAGAGCUGCCAUUUGCGUCGCUGCCGCCAGAGAGGGUGAGAGAGCUGGAGCGGUACCGCGCUCGCUUCGCGCAGCAUUGCUUGGUGGCACGUGAGGCCGGGAUUCAAAGCAGCGAAACCAGAACAGCCACGUGGGUGGUGUGGCCGUUCUUGGCCGACAGUAUCGCCCUUGCUGCUGUGGAGAUGGUCAUCCGAGACGUCAAUGCUGCCAUGGACAACUACGUCGAGAGUAUGGUCCUGGACGAAGUGGGGUGUCCGGCCAAGUGACCUGUUCUCCGCGGGG